AUGCCGAGGCUAGGGAUUGUGCCAUGCGGCAACAACGUCACUGGCACCAUCGCCAUGAUGGACAAUGACUCGGUGAGUGUCCCAGAGACCGCCUCUUUGAAGAAAACGGAUACGGGCAUCAUCUUGCACCCACAACCACACGAUGACCCAAACGAUCCACUCAACUGGCCCACGCUUAGAAAAGAUAUCUGUUUCUUGAUUAUUGGGUUCCAGACUUUUAUUGGUGGAGGCCAGACGCCCAUCUUGGCUGCUGCCUUCUCUUCGCUAGCAGAAGAGUUCCAUGAACCGCUCUCUGUGAUCUCCUACUUGGUGGGUGGUUUCAUGUUGGCGCUCGGUGUGGGCUCGGUGUUCGCUAGCCCGACAGCGGUGCUCUACGGCAAAAGGUUGGUUUAUUUGUUGGGCAUUUUGAUCUUCUUGGUGGGUGCUAUUGUUGCUGCCUCAUCGGAAAACUACGGAGCUUUGAUGGCCGGUAGAAUCCUUACUGGAUUUGGUGCUUCUCCAACAGAAAGUUUAGCGUCUGCAAGCUUGAGUGAGUUGUAUUUCCAGCAUGAACGUGCUUACAGAACCGGUCUCUACACCUUAUUGCUUCUAGGCGGCAAAAAUAUCAUUCCUUUGCUUUCUUCGCUAAUGUUUGAGCACUUAGGUAGGCACUGGAUGUACUGGAUUUUGGCUAUGUUUUUGGGUCUCAAUCUUGUGCUUACCUUCUUGUUUGUUCCAGAAACUUUUUGGGAAAGGUCCCCUACCCCCAACAAGCGUUCGUUACAAGAAACAGAGGCUGCUCGUCGUACCAAGAACUACAUUCCUCCUGAGAAGAGACCACAUGCAUACGCUCUUCCAUCCACCACAAACGUCCUAGAUUGCGAGAGUUUGUCAUCCUCGCGGUUUGACGCAACAUUCCACGAGGAAGGGUCUCAAACAGACCCUGUUGCGCUCACCGAAUCACGGGGCCAGCACUUCCAUCAUGAUGCUCUGUCACAAACUUCAGAGCCAAAAAGCUUCAAGAAUCGAUUGGCGUUACUUUCGGGAAGACAUUCUCCCGACAAGUGGUGGCAGGUGGCAUUGAGACCAUUUUUUCUUUACUUGUAUCCUCCAGUUCUCUAUGGCAGUUUGGUCUACUCCAUGGCAGUAGUGUGGCUUAUUGUCAUUUCAGAAACUGUAUCCGAUAUCUUCAAGGGAGAAAGCUACGGCUACUCGCAGCAGACUGUUGGUCUUUUCUAUUUGGGACCCUUUAUAGGAGGUGUACUUGGAUCUCUAUGCACGGGAUUUUUUGGCGAUCGUCUAGUUCGCUUUCUUGCAAGGAAGAAUCAUGGAAUCUACGAACCUGAAUUUAGAUUAUUCAUGUUCAUCCCUGCCACCAUUUUCGAGUGUUUUGGUCUCAUGGGUUAUGGCUGGUCCGCCGAAGACACCAAACCUUGGAUUGCCCCUGUGAUUUUCUUUGGAUGCUUGAGUUUUGGCUCUUCAAUGGCCUCAACCACAGCUAUCACGUACACGGUCGAUUGCUACAAGAUGUUCGCAGCAGAGUCCUUGGUGUCAUUUAACUUCGCCAAGAACUUCCUUGGCUUCAUUUUUUCGCUCUUCAAUACUGAUGUAUAUUUUGCUAGAGGCGGUAAGAAUACGUUCGUGAUCUACGGUGUUGUGCAGAUGUUUUUGAGUCUCUGUGGCAUUGGUGUCUAUAUGUACGGUAAGGUCUUCCGUGCAUGGACUGAUAGAAAAGAGCUCUUGAAAGUACUUUAUGCCCACCUCCAGCUUUCCCAACCCAUGAGAAGCAUAAGGAAGAAAGUGACAUCAGUAAUGAUUCUUCAGCAACAAAUACUGCCGACACCUCUGCCGACUCACUGCGUGAUGAACAACAAAAAGCGUGAUUGA